UCCUGGUUAGGUCUCUCAUAGCUGACUGACUUGAAGUGAGGAUUUAAGCUAGAAGCAGUCCUACUUUAAACCAGUGAAGACUACUUUAGCUAGCAGCAAUGUCAUAGUAGCAUAUCACCUGCUGCCAUCUAUGGCCAACUUGAUUUUAUAUAAACAGACAGAUUUAUCUGACAGAAUGACAGUAAAUCGGUCUCAUCAGGCAAAUGGAGGAAUGAGCCUAUUUAGGACAACUUCUUGGAAACGAAGUUUUGUAUCUUCUUGGCUGUUGAGGCUCAGCAUGUUUCUACUACUUAGCCUUCCUAACUCAGAAGGAAAAGCUAUAUGGACUGCCCACUUGAAUAUAACAUUUCAGGUGGGAAAUCGAAUCAUAUCAGAAUUAGGGGAAACUGGAGUAUUUGGAAAUCAUUCUCCUCUGGAAAAGGUAGCAGGUAUGGUGGUACUGCCGGAGGGAUGGAACCAGAAUGCUUGUAAUCCCAUGACCAAUUUCAGCAGACCUGAGACGACAGAAUCCUGGUUGGCCCUGAUUGAACGGGGAGGCUGCACCUUUACACACAAGAUAAAGGUGGCAGCAGAGAGGGGAGCAAAUGGAGUGAUCAUCUACAACUAUCCGGGUACUGGCAACAAGGUUUUUCCUAUGUCUCACCAAGGGACGGGAAAUGUUGUUGCAGUGAUGAUAGGCAAUUUGAAAGGCAUGGAGCUUUUUCAUUUGAUUCAGAAGGGAGUCCAUGUGACAAUUAUAAUUGAAGUUGGGAGAAGACACAUACCCUGGUUGAAUCAUCAUAUCAUGUCCCUGUUUACCUUUAUGGCUGCCACUGUUGCCUGUUUCUUCUUAUAUUGUGCACGGAGGCCCAGAAUGCCCAGCACUGCCACAAGAAGACGCCGGCAGAUAAAAGCAGAUAUUAAAAAAGCCAUUGGCGAGUUGGAACUGCGUGUGUUAAAAGAAGGGGACAAGGAAAUUGAUCCCAAUGGAGACAGCUGCGUUGUGUGCUUUGACAUAUACAAACCCAAGGAUACAGUGCGCAUUUUAACUUGCAAGCAUCUUUUCCACAAGGCAUGCAUUGAUCCCUGGCUCUUAGCCCAUAGGACAUGCCCCAUGUGCAAAUGUGACAUUCUUAAAGCAUAAGGAACUAAGAGAGCAUUCCAAUGAUGAAACUGAAUCUUACAAAAUCUUGUAUUGAAUGAAUUAUUGUUUCACUUCAGCUAGAGAUACGAAUGAACUCCUUAUAAACUAAGACCAUGCUUCACUAAAAAGUUAGUUGAA